AAGUGCAGGAGGGUAACGUCUUGGUUUGCUCGGGCUGUUUCUUAUUUCUUCGUGCCCUACGCUGUAUUUUCGCUACUAGAACGUGUUUCAAGGGAAUUAUUUUGCAGUAUUACCAUCAGUUUAUCCGUCCAUAUUUGUGGAAGGCGAUGGAGCACAGUUAGAAUGAAGUAUUUCACUCAAACAUGAAACUUCACAGACCAGCGAACCAGGCAGAGUCCAUGUUUACAGGCGUGACAUAUGUACCCCGCCGCGUGACAUUCCCACCCCCGGGCCACCACGUGCUCGCUCGCCCAGCUGACAACGCCGCCUGCACGCCCGCUUUCUGCCCUCCAUCCUGUAUCCCACAUACUACUACAUGUCCCGCGCGACCACUAGCGGCUGCUGAUAGUACUUGGCGAACCGUACACUUCAAAUAAUAGCCCCUCCCCCAUCCCCUCGUUUAUUGGGUGUUAUUAGUGGUGUGGAGAGGAGCGGGUGUGUGUCGUGUUGUGUCUGAGCCGCGUAAGGGGAGCGAACCGUUGGUGGAUUGGUGUGAUGGUGUUUUUGAUGGAGAUUUGGGCAACAAUUCACAAGGAACUAAAGUUACACCAACGACGCCCUUGAGGAAGAGUCAGGGAAUGCUUGGCCCCGUGUGAUGCUCGGGGACGGUGUGGUGGUGGUGGGGGCUGGCGGGGCGCCCCUCCACCGCCCCCGAUCAGCUGACAACCUCUCGCGCCUCACAGCCGCCUCCUCCAUUCCCGCCCUUGAUGACCUGGCCGAGUCUGAGGUGUUCGUGGGGGAUGAGGAUGAUGAGUUGGAGUGUGGAGAGGCCUACUUACGACCUCCCCUGCCCCCCAUAGAUCCUGGCCUCCCUGGAGAGGUCACGCCCCCAGACCUCCUCUCCCCUCCCUGCCCACCAUCAUCCACCAGUCUGGUGAUUGCCUACCAUGAGGAAGCAUUGCGGCUGCCUCUAGAUGCUGUGAAGGAAGAGGUGGAAGCUGAAGCCCUAGAAGAGGCCAGCAUGAUUCUUUCCAGUGGCCCUGCCUCCCUUGGGCAUGCCUCCCUGGGCCCAUGCUCACUCACAUCCUCCAUGGUGUCCUCUGCCUCUCUGGAGGACAGCACCCUCUCCUCCCGCACUGACACCUUUGACACAGUGAUAGCAGCAAUCCCAGACUUCUCCCCGUCACCUCCAGAUGCCCCAACCUCUACCUCUCCACCACCACGCUCCUCAGCCACACGUCCUGGGAACAAAGAUGCUGCCAGGGUGGCCAGCACCUCAGCCCGCACCUCCCCCACGUCCCCACGGGGCUCCUCUGGCCGCAGCUCUCCCAGAACUUCCACGGACUCACCCAGCACUCCAGAGAAGCGCCGAGGGACCUCUCGGAGUGAAGGUGGCAGCAACACCAGCAGCCGGGGCAGCACCCCACGGGGCACCCCGCGUGUGGCCUCAUCCCGGGGCGAAGACAAGAAGACACCCCGGGGCACUGCACGGGGCACCACAGGCGUGCGGCCCUGUGCCCGUGCCCAGGAUGCUCGGCGGGACACACACACCCAUGCCCACACCCGCACCAAGGCUGAGGAGAGCCGUGGCACCACCCUCACCCGCAAGAAGAAAGUUGAGGCGGACAGCAGACCCAGCACGGCACCCACCCGCAAAAAGGAGACGUCAGCAACGGUGGCUGCAGACAAGUAUGGCAGCUUGGGGCGGCGGCGGCGAGUGAAGGAUGCCACAGGAGAUGCCAAAGAUGGGGGCAAGGAGAGUGGGACAUUGACCCGGGACAGCAAACAGACGCUGGACAUGUAUGCCACCUUGCCACGGCGCCGCGCCAAGGAGGUGAGUGCCCGUUGGAAGGAACAGAUGGCAUCCGAGGAUGAUGCUUCCCGUCCCUCCCUGAGACGCACCAAGUCGGUUGGUAAGAGUGAGGGGGCAGCAAGCAGUGCUACAGCAAAGGGCCGCUCCUCCCUCAUGACCACCAGCCUCCCUGCCUCAGCCCUGCGGCCCCGCAGUCCCCGUGCCAACCCUCCUGCGAAAUCCACUUCCACCUCAACCUCCAAUCUAGCGGCUCGCAAGGAGAAGACCAUCAUCUGCAUGGAGGCGUCCACCCAGACGGCACUGACGGGUGGGGAUGUGGCCUCUGCCCUCAGAGCAAUGUCCCGCCAAAAUUCCCUUGGUGCUGAGGAGGAUGAAGAAGUGCCGGAGGUCACCAGGCCCCAUGCUGUUAUUGUGCGGGAGGAGUCAACUCCAGAUGAACUUCCCCCCAGCAGGAGUGUGGAGGUACAGGUGGAAUUAGCCUGGAGGCUCGGCGAAGGGGACCUGCCAGAACACGUGCGGCGCCUCACUGAGGAACACGCACGGCUGCAGAAUGAACACUCAAGGGCAAGGGUGCGCCUGGAAGAGAUGGAAAGCCUGAGAGAUGAGCUGCAGAAGCUGAAGGUGUCCUUAGAGGAGGAGAGAGCAGAGAAGGAAGAAGUACAAGGGGAGCUAGACAGGACGUCCCAGAGGGUGAAGGAUAUGCUGGUUUCCAUGGAAGGAGUGGAGCAUGAAUUUAACAGCCGAGGGGACAGUCUUCUGGAGCUUGAGUCUCAGCUCCACCAGUCAGCCGACAUACACAUACAGAUGCAGGAGAGGCUUAACAGAUUUGAGGAGUGCAACUUGAAGAUUAAGAGGGACUUGGACAAGAGUGUGGCAGCUCAGAAGACUCUCCUCCAACAAGUGCAGGACCUGGAGAAUGAGAGCAGGGAGAUGGCAGACUUCAUGGCGGAGGAGAAGAAUGCCCUGGCGGAGUGUCUGAGGGAGGCAGAGUCUGAGUUGAUGAAGUUAAAGUCAGAAUGUAAUCAGCUAAACACCAAACUCAAGGAGAAGGAGGAUGAAGUGAGACACGUGACGAGGGUGGCAGAGGACAGGAGAAACAAGUACAUGCAGCUGCAGUCUGAGAUGAGCUCCAUUCAGUGCCGCACCCGGGACAUGAUGGUGUGCCAGGGUGCCGAGGUGUCUGGUGCUGCUGUGUCGCUCAACAAUGUCUCAUCUCGCCUCCGUGCUCUCAUUGCAAAGCUGGUCCAGGAUUAUACCAUUACUGAUGCUGACCUUGAGAUGAUUGUGACACCAAGUGAGAGUGACAGCAGUGCCUCAUCCACCAAUGGCACUCCAGAGCACAAGCCUCCUGGCAUCAAGGCAGCCACGCGUCGCACUCCUUCUCCCCGCAAGACAGCCUCCUUCAUGACGGCCCUGCUCAGUGCCAUGCGAAUGGGACCCACCCGGUCCAGGAUGGGAGAUCUUGGGGGUGCCAUCUGCAGCUUGACCAAUGGGAGCAGUAAGGAGCAGGUGACAGAAGGCCGCAACUCUCCUGAGGGGUCUGAGAGCCACGAGUUGGUGGAGGGCAGCAGUGCCUCUUCAUCCCUAACAGACCAGGUGACGGAGAUGGAUGUCCUCCUCACCCGCUUCCUCAAGGUCUGCUGUGUCCUCAAGAAUGAGUCUGACUUGCAGUUGGCAGAAACUGAGGAUGAGAAUGAUCGCCUGAGCAAUCAGCUGCGGUCACAACAGCAGGUUAUUGAGCAACAGCACUCAGACUACGAGGUGCUGGCGUGCUCCGAAGCUCGGGCCAGAAAGGAGUUGGCUGCUGUGACACAUGACCUGGAGGUGGCCAACAAAAACCUCACCAAGUACUUUGAGGCUGAGUAUGAUCAUCAGGUGAUGAAACUCCAGAAUGAAGUGGAGAAGCUUGGCGGCACUGUGAGGCACCUGGAGGCACUCAAUGAGGAGAAGGAGAGGCAGCUGGAGGAAGCUCUCUCCCGCCUCUCUGCCGCCCAGGAGUCUGCUCCAGCCAACCAUGUCUCGGAGGCAAGUCACUACAGGGAGGUGUCCUGUCUCAGUGACAAGGUCACUUCAUUGCGCCAGAGUGUUAUGGAGCGAGAAAAGCAAAUCAUUGAGUUGAGUGACCGUCAUGCCAAGGACCUGGCCAGCCUGAGGGAAGCACAGGGACAGACCCAGUACACAUCUAUGCAGCUCACCUCCACUGUGGAAAAUGUAUUGAAGCCAGUUGCAUCAAAGGGGAAAGUCCAGCCUAAAACAUUCCAUAAGAUAAGGCCUUAUAACCCCAAAGUGCCCAGACUCUGGAAGGGAUCCCAGACGUUGUGUCCAGCUGCCCAGCCCUCAAGCAACUCUUCAACACACUGGCUGCCAAUGAGAAAUCCACACAGCAGCAGCAGCAGAAUGGGAACAUUAAUACUCAGAAUGGCUUUACUAACAACACAGUCAACAACAAGGACCUUAAUGCCAACCCACAGUCCAUUAUCAGCCCUACCGUCAACAAUAAGAUGCUAAUCACCAACCAGUCUGCAGAAACCCACCUCUGAAUGACUUGCAGAGAAUGGGCUUAGUAGUGUGUGCAUGUGUGUGUGCGUGUGUCUGUGUGUGUAUUUUAUUCUUAAUCCAACUGUAGCAAUGCCAAGCUUGUCUUUUAAGUGAACAAUAACUUUUGAGGCCAUAAGUGAUUUCUCAGCAUAAGCAAAUUAACUAUAUCACUGGGAAAUCGUUCAUAUCAUUAUUGCCUUAAAAUUAUGACCUCAGCUGGUAUUGGCUACGUUUUGGUGAGUGAAAUAUGCACAGCCUCUUUAUUCCUCCCUCUUUUAUGUUGGUACAGAUUAUGACUGAAUAAAAGUCAUAUGUUCACACUUAAAGCAACCUGAUGUGUUCUUAGGUGAUCCUCAAGUCAUAAUUUGCAUACAUAAAUGAGAACUUGAUCAAGGACUAUCCAUGAAUUCCUAGUUCUGCUUCAAUCACCCAGCAUCCAAAGGUUUCAACCAACAGAUACUCUCCACAGCAAGGCUUCCCAUGUCCACAGUAGCUGGUCUAGUGAUAGUCUUUGCUCUGUAACACCAAAGCCUCUUUUUUUUUUCUGUAGUAACUUAUAUAGUACUUUGUAGAUGUGUAUAUAUGAGUACACAUUAUAAAGGGCUAUGUCUGUAGGCCCUGACUGAUCCUCACGAGAGAUGAGCAAUGCCUUAUAAAGAGCUAUGAAUGUAUAUUUAAAUGCAGUGCUCCAUCAUUUUAGGUAAUUCCAUAUAUAAUUAAAUGUAUUACUCUCCAUCAGUAUUGCUUGGUAACUUUGGAACCUGGCUGUCCUGCAAGCUAUGGAUUCUCAUAUGCUCAAUAGUGUUAAUGCACUGAGCUGUGUGAUCAGAAAUAAUCAAACACUAGACAAGCAACAUGUAAUGGUUUAGAAUGAUAUACUGUAGUGGUCAUAUAUUGUCAGCCAUAUAAGUGCUCCUUCAACUAUUUAUUAUACUGGCUUAAAGACAAAAUAUAUGUGUACCAGAGCACUUAGCUGUAGUGUGUCUUAUGUACCCUUAGCACGCCUGCCAUCCAGACCUCCACAGAACAAGUGUACACGUUCAUUGCUUGUGUUGUUGUGCAAGACGUUUCCAAGAAAACGUAACAUGCUACCCAAAUAUCCACACAAGUAUACACAUGACAUGCUAAGCUGGGAUUUGCAUGACUCCUCAGGCCAGGCACACACACAAUACCCAACCACUGUGAUGGAGCAGAAAGCCUUAAUGACUGUUUUCUUUGACAUGAAUUUGAAUGUGACAAAAUUAUCGUUAUUCCAAAAUUUUUAACAUCAAAUUCUUAAGUUAUGUCCAUCUCUCUUUUUUCAUACUGUUUAUUUAAUCUACUCAAAGAUUACAUUCUGAUAAAUUUCAUUAAUGAAUUCAGACACAUGGAUGAAUUGGAACAAAAUUAAGCUGCUGGCUGGGAUGAACUAACAUGUUUGUAGAAAAGAUGAUACCAUAAGUGUGUUUUGAGUCCCCAGGUGGUCCCAGGUAUGGCAGGACUGUACUGAACUGAGGCUUGGGAGUGAGGAACAUUACUUAGGGUGAAGCCACAUUCUUGGUGGGCUCAGUACUCUCCUCUGAUCCCUCUCUAAGACUACAACUCUCUUAACUGGUCACAAAAUAAAAGUUAAACAAAACUGAAUUGUGACAGUACAGUUUAUACACCAAACAAAAAAUAUUGUUAGUAUGAUCCACAUAUUUUCGGAAAUUUACUUGACCGACUGUCCUUUGUAUAUAACUUUAUUUUUAAAACUAUUUAAGUUAUACAUAGAAAUAAAGUAAUUAUCAGCUGUAAUAUUGUUCCAGUUCAUCCAGAGCUUUUUAGUGUAAAUAAAAAGUUUCACCUUUAGGUUCGACCAAAACCCUUCUCAGUUAGGUUAGUCAUAAUGAUCUCGAUUUGGUUUAUAAACUCAGUAGCAUCAUUUUGUACUUAGCUUUAUAUUAAAAAAACUGAAUAAAA